CGGCGAAGCAUAUGGGCGAAAGGCAGAUUAGUCCCGUCCCCCACCGAGAAGUUAAGAGCCGCCUUCGAGAUUGGCGGAAACACGUUCACACACACACUUUUAUUCGCCCACUGCGGCGCGCCUUCUCCUGCUUUCGGGCGGCGGGGCGCUUUGCAGGCACGGCCCCGCCAUGAUAGGCAGGUUGCGGAGGAGCUGGGAGACCUACAAGUACCGCUUCGUGCCCUGGAUCGCAUUCAAUCUCCGCCAUAAGCGCAGGACUUUGCGGUUUGUGCCAGAAGAAUCUAAAGACAAAAUUGCUUCUGAUGAAAAUGUUCUUCAAACAUUACUGAAAACAUUUAGAUCUUUGUUUGUGAAUGACUUGAACAGACAAAUGUGCCUUUUGGACCUAAUUCCAGAAAUUAAAUUGAAAUAUCCAGAAAUACACUCAGUGCAAUCCCAAACAAUACCCAAAGCAAUAUCCAACGAUCAAGAAUGUCAAAGAGCCCUUAAUCCAGAAGAAGUUCUGUUCAGUACACUAGGAUUCAACAUUAUUCGACAACCCAGUUCACUGGAGUCAGCUGGAAUAGGAGUUUUUGUAGCAAAAGGGUUUGUUCCAGAAGGAACAGUCGUAUCAAUGUAUCCUGGUACAGUCUAUGAAAAUCAUGAACCCAUCUUUUUUCAAUCCAUUGGCAAUCCAUUUAUAUUUAGGUGUAUCGAUGGUGUACUUAUUGAUGGAAAUAAUAGGGGAAUCUCAAAGGCUAUAUACAGGUCAUGCAGCAAAAGAGAUCAAAUUGGUCCUUUAAAAAUGUGCGAUGUCUUUUGGCUUACAACUGCUAUGCACAAUCCAUUGGCUGUGGGACAAUAUGUCAAUAAUUGUUCAUCAGAAAAAGAAGCAAAUGUUUGCUAUCAAGAACUGAACAUACCUAAAUGUUUUCCAGUAGAAUUUAAACAGUAUCUUCCAAACAUAAACUAUAGCCAUGAAAUAGAAAGGCCCUUGAGAUGUGUGGUUUUGGUAGCUCUCCGAAAUAUUGGCCCAGGAGAAGAACUUUUUUCGAACUAUUACACAGUUAUUUCUUGAUGGUCAACUACGGAUUUUUACAGUGAUUAAACCAAAUGUGGUAUCUUUUAACAAAGAAUACAAAAAUUUUAUUGAGAGUUAGGUCAUGGCUUCAACUAUAUAUUUACUAAGUCAACUUUGUUGGGUUUUUUAAAUAGCCUAUCUGAAAGCUUUGGUUGAAAUUUAAACUUUGUGGAUUAAUAUGGGACAUAACUUAUUUGGGAAAUGCUUGCUACACAAACACCAGUACAAGAGUUGAAAUAAACAGCGUUCCCCAGUGUACCUGGCUCCAGCAUAGAGACUUCAUGUUGUUCAUUGUCUCCCUCUGUUGUCUUUUAAAUGUAUUGGAUUUAACACAUUUCAUAUUUUGAGUUUUGAAUGGCUUUAUCAUUUCUUUUACUAUUGUUAAAAGAAUUUUGUCCAUUUAGUUAACUUAAAAAAUAUAAACCAAAAAAUUGCUUAUACUUUAGUUGUUAUACAUUUUAUAGACUUGAUAUGUAAUAUAUAUGGUAACAUACAUGUCAGAUUACUACCUUUUUAUGAAAAAAUAUGUUCUGUCUGACACUCACAAACAGAAAUAACAAAUCCACGUGCAGGCUGCACUGCAAUUCUUUGGAAAGAGGAACUCUCACCCAUCCAUUCUCUAGACUUAUAGCUGCAGAAAGUCAUUAUAGUUGAAUCCUUAUUCUCAUCAACAGUCCUUGGAAUUCUGUACAGAAAAGAUUUAGAUGAGUAGAUAAACAUUUUGCUUUCAAAUAAAUGAGUUUUGAGAUCGAUUUUGAUACAUUAAAUCCAAUAAAAUGACAUAGAAACAAAACUGUUAAAAGUAGAUAUUGUGUCCAUUUUAAACUAUUUUUAAAGAUAUGGAAUUUAGGUAGAUUUCUGAAAACUUUUUUCCAGUGUGAUUGCAACAAAUACUACAUUAAUAUCCCCCAUGUAAUGAAUUAAUAUUGUUGAGGGCUGUUGAUAUAUCUAUAUUUUCUGUAGAAAGUUUUUGAUGAGUACUACCUAUCGCACAUUUACCAAAUUACAUUGCAAAUGCAUCAUUAUGUUGAUUUUGAAAUUUCAUAGCUCAAAAAUAAAUUGCUUAAUGCAUAUAUUUUUGAAGUCCACUUCAAUACUUUUAAACUGUAAUCUUAUUAAGUUUUUCUUGAUGUUAUUCCCAUUAAAGUUAAUGAAGCUUACCUCUGAUACCUAAGAACACCCAAUACAUUUGUUCAACUUUUUUUUUUAGGUCAUGUGUAUAAUAAUAUAAAGCAGGGGUUUAUCAUGUUUUGCGGGUUCAGGUAUACAAUUACAUCCCAUUUAUUUAAUAAUAUUCCUUCCAUCACAUUAGAAAUCACAAUUCAGAGAAUUUUAGAGAAUCUAUAGAGACUAUAGCUUGUCAAAUAAACAUAUCCAUGUCAUGAAAAGAAAAGUGUAAUAUGUUUAUGUGAUUACUUUCCCGGACGCUUCCCAGAUACUUCGCCAGAUGUCAGCUCAGAAGAGGAUGAACCAGUUCAAGGCACAUCUGGAGGGGAAUUGGUCAAUGGCUCCAAGCAGUUGUCUGAAAGGGCUGAAGCACAGCUGCAGCAGGACAUCCCUGAGGCUUUAGGUGGGGAAAACAUGCAGCUGCAGCUGGUCAGUGAUGAGGAACUGCCUUCUGCACUUGAUCCAAGAACAUUUAGGGCAGAAAAAAGGCAGGAGCAGAGAUCAGCCUGAUUACUCAUGAGGAAGCAGCCUUACCCCUCUUGAUAGGCUGCACCAGAAACUGGCUAUUUAGCACAGCAGAUAGAUGGAAGCAAUGUUAGGAAUGUGUUUGUUUCCUUGCUGUGUGUUCUUGCCUUGAACUUUGGAUCAUCUCUCUUCAGCUGUUGCCCUUGCCUUUGCCUGUAGAUUUGCCUUUGUCUUGGGACCUUGCUUUUGCCUAGGGACUUGGGACUUGCCUUGAGGACUGGUGUUGGCUUGAUUUGGGUAGCCUGUGGAACUUAUUGGGGUUGAGCUAGUGCCAGCACAGGGAAUUGCUGAAAUACAAUUCAGUCUUGGAAGCCUUAAUAAAGACUCCUUACACCUGUGGUGUGUCUGCAUGCAUGAGUAGGACAGCAGAGUUUACAGUGGAUACUGCUCCAACUGUUCUGAAAUUUCAUUACAGCAAAUUAAACUUUGGGCAGGUAGUGUUGCAACUCAUUAGUAGUUAUGAAUGCUUUAAUCUAU